UUGAGAGGGUGUCCAGGAAGAGGGGACAGAGGGAGCAAAAGCUUGGAGACGGGGCCUGGUUGAAGAGGAGUCGGGGCAGCUGGCCAUGAGUUUGGAGGCCAGGAAGCCCAGGAUCUAGGUUCUGGCAUCUGGCGGAAGGCCAGAGGGAGGGAGGAAGUGAGCAGGCACAGAGCAGCUUGGAGCCGGGGCAGACACACACAGGGUCCUUUACAAACCAUCCCCGGGGAGCGGGGCCGAGGGAGGCUGGUGUGUGACUCACGCGGAGGAGUCACAAACACCUCUGCAAGAAAGCAGAGGGCUUCAGGCCUGGUGAGUCACUUCUGGGGGUGCCUCCUCUCCCUUCUGGGUUGUUCCCAUCCAGCCCUGGCCUGGGCGGGGGCUGCAGGCCCUUUCGAGCUGGGAUGCCCCCUGGUGGCCAGGCUCUCCCACUACCUGGCCUGGCUGCCUGUGGGGUGGGCAAGGCAGGUGAACUGGACUUUGGGCUGGGCCUAUUCCUGGAUGACUGAGGCAGCCUACAAUGGGUCUGGCUAGCUGGGACUCGGCUGCCACCCGUGGCCACACAGAGGCUGUCAUUGCCUGGGCAGGGGGAUCAGGCCUGCUGUGGACUGUCACCCUGUCCCGUGAGGUCGCCUUCUCCACACACCCCUUUCAAUCUCAGGGUCACCAAGGUUAGCCCGCUCCCCUCUCCUGGCUGCCAGAGGCCUGGGCACUGGGCCACUUUCUCAGCCUCCGGCCAGGGUUAAAUAUUAGUGGGAGAUUAUCUACAGGCCCAGGUGAGAGAGACAAGUCGGACAGUCUCUUCUGUGGAGCUUGGAGCUGCACCUGCCGGGUCCCACCUCAGCCCAGACAAUGCCUGUGGAGGAGUUUGUGGCUGGCUGGAUUUCAGGAGCUCUGGGCCUGGUCAUGGGCUACCCCUUUGACACCGUAAAGGUGCGGCUGCAAACCCAGAACACAUACCGGGGCAUCGUGGACUGCAUGGUCAAAAUUUACCGCCACGAGUCGAUCCGGGGCUUCUUCAAGGGAAUGAGCUUCCCGGUUGCCAGCAUAGCUGUGGUCAACUCUGUCCUGUUUGGGGUCUACAGCAACACCCUGCAGGCGCUCACGGCCACUUCCCACCAGGACCGGCGGGCCCAGCUGCCCAGCUACACACACAUCUUCAUAGCGGGCUGCACCGGGGGCUUCCUGCAGGCCUAUUCCCUGGCCCCCUUUGACCUCAUCAAAGUCCGUCUACAAAAUCAAACAGAGUCCAGGGUGCGGCCAGGGAGCCCCGCGCCCCUGUAUCGUGGUCCCGUGCACUGCGCAGCCACCAUCUUGCGAGAGGAGGGACCCCGGGGGCUGUUCCGAGGAUCGGGGGCCCUGAUGCUGAGGGACACCCCCACACUGGGAUUGUACUUCAUCACCUACGAAGCGCUCUGUUACCAGUACACCCCAGCCGGCCAGCAACCCAGCUCAGCCACCGUGCUGGUGGCGGGGGGCUUUGCAGGCAUCGCCUCCUGGGUCACAGCCACCCCCUUCGACGUGGUCAAGGCCCGCAUGCAGAUGGGCGGCGUGAAGCGGCGGGCGUACGCGGGGAUGCUGGACUGCGUGGUGACCAGCUUCCGGCAGGAGGGCCUGGGGGUCUUUUUCCGCGGCUUUACCAUCAACAGCGCGCGAGCCUUUCCAGUCAACGCGGUCACCUUCCUCAGCUACGAGCACCUGCUGCGCACGUGGGGCUGAGCCCGGCGGCGG